AUGGCCAAGCACAGACCACACGUCACCAUACAUCACCAUGAAAAAGGCUGGCACAAAGCCAUAGCAAAUGCACCACAAUGCACUCCGCCCGUGAAAUUCCAUUAUGUUACCCAGGCAGGUCAGUUGUCGAUGCGGGAAUGGUUUAUUCGGCCAAGCUUCCAACACGCCUCCGCCACCUCCACCUCCUCCUCCAAGCAAACCAGCUCCACACAGCCUCCGCCACCUACACAUUCCUCCUCCAGAAACAGCUCCAACACCGCCUCCACCACCUCCACCUCCAGCAAGAGCUCCCAACACCAGCAAACAGCUCCAACACACCUCCACCUCACUCCUCCAGCAACAGCUCCAAACACCGCCUCCACCCAUCUCCACCCCUCUCCAGCAACAGCUCCAACACCGCCUUCCACCAUUCUCCACCUCCUCCUCCAGCAAACAGCUCCAACCACGCCUCCACCAUCUCCACCUCCUCCUUCCAGCAACAGCUUCCAACACCAGCCUUCCACCACCUCCACUCUCCUCCAGCAACAGCUCCAAACCGCCUCCCAACCAUACCUCCACUCCUCCUCCAGCAACAGCUCCAACACCGCCUCCACAUCUUCCACUCCUACUCCAGCAACAGCUCCAAACAACCGCCUCACCCACUCCACCUCCAACCUCCAGCCACAGGCUACAACACCACUCCACACCCUCCACCUCCUCCUCCAGCAACAGCUCCAACACACGGCCUACCAUCCUCCAUCCUCCUACAGCAGCAAGAGCUCCUCCACCUCCUCCUCCAGCAACAGCUCCACCACCUCCUCCUCCGAAGGUUUAACAUGCUCUCCUGGAUAUUCAGUAAAUGAUUCCGGAUCAGCUUUACUGCGUGUCUCCUCGGUUGAAAUGGUAGUGAUAAUUGGCACUUUGAAAAUGGACAUAGAGUUAUUUGCCAUCAAAUUUGAAUCGAGGAAAGAUAACGUGAAAGUGGAAGAACUUUAUAGUUUCGUUAGCAUAGCUUCUCUGGGAAAAACAAUGCCAAAACCUGAUACUGCAGAAUUAACCCGACAAAGGAGCCCCGACUUAAAGAAUUUAAAGGUGCUGUUCUAA